AUGAAGGGCAUCAAUUAUGAGAGUGACAAGAACCGUCUUCUCCUUGUGUCUGAUAUCACCAAAGGACUCGAGGCUUCUGAGUUUUACGCUGAUGCAGCUGGCGUCGGUGCUUGGGACAGAAGUCCUUCCGCCAUUUACUGGUCUCCAGAUUCUGCGACCCUUUACUUAGCUGUCGAGGACCGCGCCAGAGUCAGGAUGUUCAGCGUUGCAGCCGAUCCCGCUACAACGUCUUUCCCAUGCUUGAUCUACGCAGACUCAGCAACUGAAGGACAUGUAGUGUCCAGCGGUAAGAUUCUUGUCACUGGAAGCAGCUUCCUGGACAACUCUAUCUACUCCUGGGUCGAUCCUGUAGCAGCUGCUGCAUCCAACGCCACAUCAGGUGUUUCCUUGAUCAGCGCAAACCUGGGAUACGGUGCUAAAUGGGGACUUUCCAAGAGCCAAAUCUCAGAAGUAUACUACGAGGGAGAUGGUGGCCACAUGGUACAAGCCUGGGUCAUCAAGCCAUCUUUCUUCAAAGAGAACGAGACCUACCCGCUUGCUUUUUACGUCCACGGUGGUCCUCAAGGCUCUACAGCCGACACCUGGUCCAACCGCUGGAAUAUGAUGGUCUUCGCAGAGCAAGGUUAUGUCGUCGUCGCCUUCAACCCAACCGGUUCCACCGGAUUCGGACAAGCACUCACCGACCGCAUCCAAAACAACUGGGGCGGCUCCCCCUACAUCGACCUCGUCAAAGGCUACGAAUUCAUCGAAGCCAACCUCCCCUACGUCGACACCAACCGCUCCGUCGAACUCGGUGCCUCCUACGGAGGCUACAUGGGCUUCUGGAUCGCAGGCCACGACCUCGGCAAAAAAUUCAAAGCCCAAUUCGUUCACGACGGCUCUUUCAACACGCUCUCCCAAUACGCCUCAGAAGAACUCUGGUUCAUGCAACACGACUUCAACGGCACCCUCUGGGACGACUACGACAACUACGCCCGCUGGAACCCAGCCGCGCACACCAAGAACUGGACGACCCCCAUGCUCAUCGUGCACAACGACCUCGACUACCGUCUCCCCAUCGCGGAAGGUCUCGCUGCAUUCAACGUCCUCCAGGCCAAGGGCGUGCCCAGCAAGUUCCUGAAUUUCCCGGAUGAGAACCAUUGGGUGUUGAAGCCGGAGAAUAGUUUGAUCUGGCAUAAGACGGUGUUGGAUUGGUUGAAUGGGUAUGUUGGCCUGCCUAGUUAUAGUCAAGCGGGGGAUGAGAUUUAUAGGGGGACUUUGAUGAAUGGGCCGUGGAGUUUGUGGGGGAAUACUACUGUUUAA